GUAUUGAAAUUGCUCGACGGCUUCCACUUUCUUUGCGAUUGUGGUACUUGUCCUCGCUCUCUUUAUUAUGGAUCACAAUUAUCACAACUACUCAAUAAAGUUUGCCAAAAAUAUUAAAAUAAUUAUAAUAUUUAAAUAAUUAUGACAACAUUGCAUGUCGCGUACUAAAAAAUAUAACCUAACUUAAAAUCAGUCUUUUGAAAUCAACGGUCGAUAAAUUGUGGACUAUAGAGCGAUGGCCUAUAGCGGGGCUCUACUGUAAAAUAAAAAGUUUUACAGUCCUUGUAUUUUAAUCGAGACACAUUUAGAGAAAUUAUAACAAUCAAAAGGAAAUUUUUAUCUAAGAAACGAACCUCUGGCGCAGGCUUCCCAAAAGUAAUCAUUCCUAUAGUACAACGAGAUUAGAAUAAAAUCUUGGUUUAGUUUUGUUGCUCAAGGAAAAAGUGGACUAUCUGAAUGGAGAAAUGCAUAUACGGUAGGCCCCUUUUUUAUGUGAGCUGCUGAAGUAAAUCUUUACCAAUAUAAAUUACAUUUGAAUUACAGUAUAUGAAUAAAAUUACAAUAUGAAUUACAGAACGACUCCAAUAAUGUCAACUCCUAAAAAUUUUAAACACUAUUGAAAAAAUAUCGACCGCUCAGAAUAAGAAACGAAUAACUCGCGGUAGGAAAAUUUUAGAGAAAAGCGAUUUGGAGCUGAGAUUUUACAUGCAGAGUAUAGGAUUUUUGAGAUUUAAAAUCACUAUAACUUUGAAAAUAAUUAUCUUUCAAGUAUAAUAUUCACACGGAAGGUAGAGGGUAUAAAGAAAUAUUCAAAAAGCGAAUAAAACGAUUUUCGAAAUGCCUGAAAAUUCGAUUGUGAAUUAUAUUUUGCGUGUAAAGAAUUGCUUAGAGUAAACUGUUCUCAGCGACAGAAGCUAAUAAAAUUGGCUCGAUGAUAUUCAUUCUGUUCGGAAAAUAUGCAUUAGGGUAAAGGCUCAUAAUUUUGGACAGUCUUCUUAUAAGCAUCGAUGUUCCAAGUUUGAAGUGCGAUAUUUUCAAUACUAUUUGAAUUUUUUGUUACUCUCUUUUCAGAAGGGUUGUUUAGAAACUUGGCAAGGGUUUAUUGUCUUUGUUUUUACUAAAAUUAGUUUUAAUACGUUUAAAAAUGAAUUGAUAUGUAGAGGUGAAUUUGAUUCUAAUUUUGGACAACUUGGUUAUUUAUUUGGACAACUUGGCUGUAAAUUUGGACAGCUAAUCCGCCUCAACAGGAUGCCCAUUGUUCUUCAUUUCAUGAACCUAUCUUACCAAGUCCUCUUCCUGUUCAUGUAAGGGAAACGUAGAAUGCCACAAGAAGUCCAGAAAUUUGCUAUAUCACUCAUUAAAGGGAAUUGACUUCGGUACUCCAAGUACGUACGGAUUAGCGCAUUCCCUGGCCUUUCCGGGAGCCUUUCAAGGCAUUUCUCACUACAUCUCUUUCAUAGACAUGAUGCUCCUUUUUUUCUCUAGGCAUUUAUAUAACCUAGUCAUCACAAAAGUUAAAACUUCACGAAAUUUCGUGAGAAAAACAACUGUCCAAAAUAAGGAGUAAUACCUCACUAUGUCUUAGAAAAUUUUCCAUUUUUCACACGAAAAAUCUAAUUCACAAGGCAAAUCUCACUUCAGGGUAUGAAUUCUGAGAUGCGUGAGUUUUUCACGUGAGAAACUCACGACUUUUGAAUUGUCUUUUGUGAGAGUUUCGUUAAGUUUUCAUGUUAAGUGUCAUGUGAAAUACUUAAUCCACCUAAGAAUAGUAUAGUUCUCACGAAAAGUUUACAAAACGCUAACUAAAGGUGAUCGCAGAGCCGUGAAUUUCUCAUGUGAGUAACUCACGCAUCUCAGAAUUCAUACCCAGGUCAAAUUUACAAAUCACUACUAAAGUGAAUCAACACAAUAUUCAAUGAAUAUUCAAUAAUAUCACUCAAAAAGAGCGAAGAAACAUUGUUAGUACUUCACCACAGCUAAAUAAGACUGAAGUAAACACGAAGUUCUGUCAUAUUUCUCGUAAGCAAUUGCUCACACUGAAUUUUCGACAAAGCAAUUUCAACUCAAAUCGUAUUCAAAAUUUAACGUAUUUAAUGUUAAAAUCUUCCAAAAAGAACAAAUAUUUAGAUAGAAUUCAUUAUUCAUCAAAUAUUGGAUAAAAAAUCUAUAAUUUUACUCAAUUUAUUUUUAGUGUCCAAUUUUAUCCUCAAAGUGUCCAAAAUAAGAAACUGGACAAAAUUAUGAGCCUUUCCCCUAUUGGCUGCAGAAAUAUGUGCAUCAAAUAUAUUGACACUACUGGAGUAGUACUGUACCUACUACUUAUAUUUAUUUGUAUUUUAGAAUAGGUUCAAUGUCUCUUUUGGGCAAAAGAAUAUCUCUGUUAAACAAGAGGAUAAGUGUUUAUGUAAAAUCACUACAAAAUUGAUUAUUUCAGUGAAUAGUGUUAGAAAUGAGAUAAAAUCUCCCUCACGGAUUUAGUACAUGAGAGAUUGAUAAAACAUUGUACCUCAGGAAAUUCGAUAUCAGUUGAAACGACCGUGUGUUAAAUCGGAUGAAUACAAUCAAGGGUAUUGCCCUAAAAAAAAGAAACAGAAGAGAAAUGCAAUUUUGAAGAAAAAACAAACUUUCGAUUUCUAUGAAAAUAGUGAUUUUUUUCUCAACUUAAAGUGAAUCGAUAAAAGGAUUUGGGAAAAAAAACAAUCAUAAUUUUAAUAAAGAGAAACAAACUUAUACGAGAAAAUAGAUGGAUUUUCAAAUUAGCAAAUUUCUACUAUAAAACAUUCUCUCGUGAAGUAUAAUCAUCUUAAUUAAUUGAAAAUGAAUUUUAAUAUGAAAUCAUCUUUGUACCACUUCAAGGGUAGAAUGACAGAAAAAAAGAAGAAGGUGAAAAGAGGAAAAAACAUAUAAUAGGAAAAAAAUAACAAUUCAUUGAGGAAUAAAGUGCAGUGGAAAUUAAUGUGAGAGUGAUAGAUGAGGAAAAAAACACUUCUUAGCUAAUGAGUCUUUUUAAUACUGUAAAAUAACUAUGGAAUUUUUUCAAAAUGAAAUGAGUAAGAGGAAUAAAAGGUGUGUGGUGAAGAAUUAAUACCCUAGCUAUGUAUUUUUGAAUGAACAAAAAAAGAGCAAUAAAAGCUCUAGACAAGACAUCUAUUAAUUGCAAGAGAAAAUGAAUAAGAGUUUGAAAUUAAGGGUGGUGGGGGGGAUGAAAGAGACACAGGCAGAGUUAUAGCAGAUAAGUACCAUUAAAUACAUUUUCUGCAUUGCAGUUAAAAUGUAAAUAAAUAACUAUGCGAGAGAGGCAAAUACAUAAAUUUAGAAGUGGCAUAAAGUGUCGCUGAAAAAGGCUCAAUAUUUGAGUUUUUCGCAGAAAUGACUUAAAGACAAAUUCAAAAUGAGAUUAAAUUAAUUUUUUUCAUUGUGAUAAAGAGUAAUUUUGACAUUGUUAGUGAAACUUUAAAAGUAUUAUGCAAAUUUGCUCAUUUUGUUUUUAAAUCAUUAACUUUUUUCCUCUUUGAAAUUAUAAUAUCAUACCUUUCUUGUUCAACUUUUUUAGCCAAAAGAGAGAUUGUUUUUAUGAAAUGUUUGUUUUUUUUCUAUCGUGAAUUGAAAAGUGAAAAUCCUGUUUAGUAGAAAAAAUUUUUAAAAUGAAAUAUUUUAGGUGGAAAUGUCCCAAAAAAAAGACCCUUUAUUAACUGACUGAUUAUGUGCAAUAUGUAAAUUGUGGAUAAAAUUUAAGAUAAAUUACUUAAAAGAUUUUAGUGAAAAAAAAUUUAGAUAUUCUAAGGCUCAAAAUUUUAGUGACUGAAGACAAAAUUACCUCUAUAAAUAAAAAAAUUAGUUGAAAUUCAAUGGACCCAUUUGCAUCUCAUAAACGUGCCAAUUCAAAAUUAUAUUUCCCAUUUUUAAAUUUAGAAAAAGAAAAUUCAUUCUAUGCUGAAAAUUUCAUAUUUAACUUUUUUGUCUGAUACAUUUGCAUAAUAAAAUUUUCUACGCGACUUAAAAAUUUUUGCAUAUAGGAAGGAAUUCGAUUGUGAUGUGUCACAGUGAAAACGUCUGUUGUUUUUCAAUUAAGAACUCUACCCAUGCUUCAUGGAAGUUUCCAUGGAAAUAUUGAGUUCUAUGUGCUUUUUGGAAGCUCAAUACAUUGAAUCAUGCUAAAAUGGUUUUGGGAAAACAUUCUGUGAAAAAGCUAGCAAGCUCCUUUCACAUUUCAUUCGUGGUUUUUUCUUAAAAUCUGCACAAAAGCACCAUGCAAAAAUACAUUAUUGUCAAAAGAAAUUUAAAUGAAAAUUUCACGACAAUAGCCGCUUAAAUAUAUACAACAUCUCGGUUGACAACAUACAUAUCUUCCGCACUAUGAGCUUAAACUACAAUUUCUGCUCGCAAAAAACCAUAUGCUAAAAACUGCAUUUUCAUGAAAACUUUUGAAUUGAUUGCUCCUCUUGCUCCUUAUGUGCUCUCUCCACUUUAGAGAAAACUUUCAUAAAUAACACAUUAAAAUAUUGAUACAAUUCAUUGAUUGAUUUUUUAUGAAAAGAAAAUUAUCUGGAAAUGUUCACAUUGAAGUACUUAUUUAGGGGAAAUCGGGGAUACUUGAAGGGCUUGUACAUUUUUUUAAUAACCCUAAAAAAAAAAAUUCCAAAUUGAUUAAUUGCUAAACAAAGUAAUAAGAAAAGUUUGCCAAAAGGAUGUUUUUCGAUACAGAAUGUCAGAAAAACUUUUGUCAAAUUGGUAAAAAAUAUCCUUUUUACAAAAUUUUAACAAGAUCCAUUUGUUGUCAUCUUAACACUAAAUCUACCGACCAUUUUUAGUCGUUUUUCGGCCAAAUGACAAACCGCGUUACGGUAGGAUACUCAUCAAAUUUGUCUUGGAAAAGAGCAAAAAAUUAAAAUUUAAACACUAAAAAUGUAUUAGGGUAGACCGGGGCAGAAUUAGCCAGCAAAUAAAAUUUUUCAUUGCGUAUAAUUUGCAAGAAAAAUGUUUGUAACAUGCUGACAAAUAUUCCAAUGAAUUGGAAGGGAUGUGUUUUCUUCAAAUAAAUAGUGGUUUCUUCAAUAUUUCUUCUACGGUAGGCUAUGAUAUGCCACUGUCUAAUACCAUACAUGGCUAAUUCUGCCCCGGUCUCCCUUACAUGCAUAUUUUAAAAAAUUCAUAAAGUCUCUGAUAGUGACAUUGUACCGUUUAAAUAUAUGUUAAUUUUAAACCAUUCAAUUUGACCGGGUCUUGGUAGGUUUAGUGUUAAUAAAACUUUUCAGAGCAGGGUUCUACCUAGUAGAUGAUUGCCCCGUAUUGUACAUUUUUAGCUAUUGUAAAGUCUGAAAUAGGCUCAGGCUAAUCUUUGAGAAUUUUAGACUGUAAAAUUUGGUGGUAAAGGCUCAACACAAACUAUCAUACACUGAAAGUUUAGGGCAAGAGACAACAGGUUAUUUGCAUAAAUUUCCUCUGUCUGAUUUUUUUAUCGCCAUACUUAACGGAUUAAGGAUUUUCGAGGAUCAGCCUAAGACCUUUGACAGACUUACGACUUAAGCUGAGACGCGACUGGAUAAUUAUGAAAAAGUAGUUUAACCAUUAUUUCGAAUAUAAUUACGCUGAGCUGUCACUCGGCUGUCAAGGCCCUAAGUCAAUUUGAACUUUGGGGCCUAAAUUGGCUUUGACUCAGGGGCAUGACAUUUCCUAUGUUUUCCAUAUGUUUCUAGCGCUCCGAAAAAACUUACAGAAGUUAUGAUAUUAUAUAUAUUUUUAAUAAAAUCUUCAUAGAAUCCGAGUAAAAACCAUUUAAAUUCUAAACGUCUAAAUCUAACGUUUCGUUCGUAAGCUGUGAGGAUUUUAUAUUCAAUUUUAACCGUUUUGUGCUGCAACUGUGCGCUCUUUAUUUGCAAUUUUAACCUUUUCAUGUUGAUGCUAUGAGUGUAUUACAUACAAGUGAAAUCAUUUUAAGCUUAACAAUAUAUAUAAUAUUUUUUUUUUUUUUAAUUAGGGGUUCAUCAAUAAGAUGAUUGCCCCAUAUAUAUAAUAAUAUAACAUAUAAAAUUAACCGUUUUAUGCUGAAGCAGUGCCGAUUCUAGGACUUUAACCAGGGGCAUGACGUUUCCUAUGUUCUCCAUAUAUUUCUAGCGCUCCGAAAAAAACUUUUGGGUUUAUUAGGUGUUUUAUGUCAGUGCAGAAAGAAUAAGCAAAAAAUAUAUAUGCAAAAUAGAAGCCAACUUAAUAUUGAAUAGGCAACCGAAAACCCCAAAUUGGCAACCUACGUAGUUUUGGAGACAUCUCGUGAAGUUUGUACGAAAACAGGGAGAAAUUUACACUAAAAUCGGUCGUAUUUUUCAGAGCUAAUGUCCCCCUCCCUGGUUUGACUGAUCAUUGAGAAUAUUUAGUCUGUAACCUUUGGCAGUAAAUUUAUCCCAAACUGUCAUAGUUUUAGGGCUGAGAAUCAUCGAUUUAAAAGGUCCUUCGCAUAGCUUUCCAUUAUCUAAUCUUAAUGCAGUCAUAAAAGGCCAUAAAAGAAAUAAAAACUAAACCCAAUCCCAACAAUAUCUAAUGGACUUUUAUUUAUUGAAUAUUUUUAAAAAUAGGGGAACUUCAUGCAUCUUCGUAAAUGAUGUAUAAGUUUCAAGAUUUUUUUACUGAAUGCCACACAUGACGAAUUAAUUAUACCACUAUGCCAAAUAAAAUCUCUUGCUUUUUAGAUUCGUAAUUCUACUUCACAAAAUUCCCGGAAAUCCUUAGAUUGUCCUCCAAAGGAAAAUUAAAAAUUAGUGACAAUUUUUACGAAGCUGCUCCGGUUUGCUUAGCUUCGUACAAAUUUUUUUCCACCUAUGUACACCUUAUUUUCCCCGGAAAUAUUAGACCGUACCCAAAAAUUUGCACAUCGAGUGCUUAGAUGGAACUUUCAUGUAUAGUCAUUCGAGGAGAGUUGGAACAGUGGGAGAGAUGGACCACUUCGCCUCCUGCCUACACCCUAUGCAGGAUCUCCACCUCAUUUGGUCUAUUUGUCCCCUUCAACAUUCUAAUGAAAACCCCCAAGUUACAGCUUUCUACCUUUAAAAUUGUACGAGAAAAUUGAAAUUGAAUUUUUUGGAUGUCUGAAAAAUGGCCAGAAAUUUUUAUUUCGCCAUAAGAAUACGUGUAUUUGGGGGUUGAGGAAAGAUGGAACUUAAUAGUUUUGGCAACACAUCCGGUGUGAAUUUUGGUCAAUGUUCUUCAAAAUCUUUUCAAGUAAAUCUUAGAAAUUAUUUUCCCUAAAUUUGUGGUAAGACUGACUUCAUACACUCAGAGAAAUUGCCAUUGAAGUAUAUGAGCCAAAUAUUCCACAAAAUAAAUCUUUUAUACUGAAAAAAAUAAAAUAAACUCAAAUAAAUUCAAUGAAAUAGUGUUCAUUUUUAAAAUCCCUUCCCUCCUAUUCUAAAUUAAUAAAAUAAACUAUAAAUAUUUUGCUAAAAUUAGGGGUGUUCCAUCUCACCCUCAUUUUUUUUUUGAGUGCCUCAAAAUGCAACUUUUUUUUAAAUCCUAUUUUUCGAAGUGACUAUUUUCAUCUAGACUUUUCUAAUAUUGAUAUUAUAAAUUUAGAGUCUUCAAAUGAUAAACCAGUGAGAUUCGUCUUUGUCUCGCAUUCAAAACGUAUCCGCAAUAUUGAAUAUAAAAAGGUGUUCCAUCUCUCCUCGAAUGACUAUACUUGUUUUAAUCAUUUUUAGGAGGCAUCAUGCGUUUUAAAACCAAUUUCAUGCUAGGGUAAAUUAAGCUAAUUCAAAACCUACUCCAAAUGGAAAUUUUUCGCUACUUCAAAUGGAAACGUCAUUGUUUUCAUGAUAAAUACAGUAAUAAAUUAUUAUAUUUAUAUAUUUUCUAUACCGCAGUUUCAUUAUCUAGUUAAUUUUGCUCCAAAUAAAGCGAAAAUCCAUUCAUAUUUACAAAUUUUAAUUUGUCAGAAAAAUUAAAAGUGUACCUUUUCACCAUCGAAUUUUUCAUAGAUUGACCAUGCUUUCCAAAGAAAACACAAUGAGAUGAUUGUUGUUUAUUCGUUUUGUUUAACAUUUAUGUCAUAUUUCUGGCUAAUUUUAGUUAAAUUAAGUGCUAAUCUUUAUUGUUAACGGUACGUGAAAUUUUCUAAUGAAAUAAUUACCUAUUUCGUGAACAAAAAUCAAGUUCCACAGGAUAAAUUUUUAAAUGAAAAUUUCAGGAAUAUAGUUUGAAUGUUGUACUUUUAUAUGCCUAUUUACUGAUGCCCUACCUUAAAUUCAACUCUUGCUACGGCCCUGUUUGGGGACAAUCCUCCAAUUUAGUCCCCUGGUUAAUAAAAUCCUGGCUACGCCUUUGAAUAAUGGUUGCUCAAUGGAUCAAGUGGUAGAGCACUCGCUGUAUGAUUCAAGUAUCCUAGAGGCGAAUUCUCUCCAGGACAUCAAGAAUUUUUCAGAUAACAAAGGUGUUAGAAAUGCACUUGAUUCCAUGGAGCAGGGGUCAGAUAACCCCAUUCCAUUAAUUGUAUAAGGCGUGGUUCCCCUACGGAAUAUUGUAAUAGAACUAUUUAUUAUUUCUUUUAAAAUAGAGAAACCACGAAAAAACACCAUUUCCAGUACACUGAGAAAAAAACGGGGGUGUAAUUAAUUUUUUUCCUCAUAACUUUAACACUUUUAAGGUGUAAAAAUAUAUCAACAUUUUUUAAUGUUAAUUUUACACCUUUUUAAGGGUAAAAAUAUCAUGAUAAAGGGUAACUUUAACCCCUAAUACACAUAAAAAGCAUAAUAUUUACACCGAUUUCGGAUCAAUACUGCAGGGUAAAAUUAACAUUUCCGGAAUGUUAUUUUAACUUUUUCGGAUUUCUCUCAGUGUAUGGACAUAUUACUUUUCUGUAUGAUCAUCCCUUCAAUGCACAAUUCUUUUUAAUUGCUGUACAUGCUGUGCACAAAUUGAUAAUUUGCAGCAAGACAAGGAUUUUAAUGCCAAAAGCAAUGGGAAAAAAAUGAAAAGUCCCUGAACAUAAAAUAGCUUUUACACUUGAAUUGUUGUUAAAUGUAUCGAAAAAGAUAUAUACACAUCUAUCGUUUUCCCGAGAUGACGAUAAAAAAAAAGGAACACACAUGAAAAUCGACAUCGUAUGGGAAAAUUGCAACAAUUGGAAUAUAAUCACGAUUUCCAUUUACUCUUUGACUGAGAUAUUAGAAUUUAUGGGAAUGGAAUUAUGUGGCAGGCAAAGAAAAAAAAAAGACGGAGAGAAGCAGAGUAUCUCGUUAAAAUUGUAAUAUGGCAUGUGGGAGUAAAAUUCUUUAACUUAUUACCGUUCCAACGGAGUCUUCUAAAUUUUUCUCCUUUUUAAUUUACCCUUAAAUAUAUUACAACGUGGUAUUUUUGUGCAGAGAGGAAACUUUUCUAAUCGAAUUUGAAAAUGACGUCCCGGUGAGUGUAAAUGGGGUGCAGGAAAGGUGAUCAUUUUCAAUUAAUUUUACUGUUUUUACCAAAAUGUGUUUUCAUCUAGCAGCAAAAUGUUGCUAGAGGUGAAAAUGUUUCUUAUUUUUUAUUGUAAAUGUAAUUACAAAAAUUGUAGCAAGAGAAAAAGACAUAUUUAGGACAUGCAACAAAAAAAAAUGAGGAAAAGAACUUUUGAAAAUGAGAAAAAGACUUCCAAUUUUAGGGAGUAUCAUGUUGAUUGCCAAUGUAGUGAAAAAUGUGGGAAUGAUCUCUCUUAAUUCAUUUUUAAUUGCUCACUAAAAUUGUAUAAAAAAAAGGUUAUUUCCAUUUUGUGAAAUAGUGAGAUAAAGAAUACCUUUGUAUUUAGGAAAAGAUUCUCGGUAAAAAAGAAAUGCAGCUGGAAAGGAAAGUUGAAGAUGAGAGAAGAAUAAAAAUGACUAAUUUGUUAAGUACAUGAAUAAAGUAUAAAAGAAAAAGAAAAUAUAUAUAAAGUGGAAGGAAUAAAUAAUUAAUAUCUUAGAGAUGAAAUUAAUAAGUCAAAGACAUUUUUACUGGUGACGUAAUGAUGAAAAAUUUUCAACAGAAAAAAAAACACAGACAAAAAAACAGUGAAGAAAAUAAAAUGAUAAAUAACUGCAGAAAUAACAAGAAAACAAAAAAAAAGGAAUAAACUGUUAAGAGAUGAUAUCUUUCAGUGGAAAAUUUCGUAUUAACUUCCUCUCCCCAUGGAUAAUUAGCAUUUUGUUGCUAUGUGGCAUAUGUGUUAAUGGAAUUUGUAAUAUUUGGAGCUGAGUCAAGGUCUCGGGAGUCAUUUUGCAAUCAUCUGGAUGGUGAUUUCUCAUCCGGCACCUCCUCCACCAGACAUCGAAUGCUUUUUGCCGUCUCCGCAGCACUCACUUUGACCCAAUAUUGGAUGGAUUUCCAUGUGCUCUUGACAACAUCUGGAUUGUCGUCUGGAAAUUAGAUUAUGCGAUUGUUGGAUCAAGUUUAGAGAAAUUUAUCAUAUCUUCAGCUGUUCAGUCGCGUGUCUUUUGUGGAUGUGUCAGCACAAGCUUAAGGAUGAAGCUCAGUUUGUGCCUUGUGAUUUUUAUUGAGUGCCUGUGUACUGUGAGAUGUGUUAUCCCUUCUGUUGGUGAUACGAGAUCACAGAGGGAAUCAUUAGUUAGGAAGUACCUAAAGAAGAAGGAAGGAGCUAUAAAGCUGGUUGGAGGCAGCGGAAAUCACGAAGGCAAUGUGGAAAUCCUCCACCGUGGAAGAUGGGGAGCUGUCUGCGAUGAUGAAUGGGAUUCAAAUGAAGCAAAAGUUGUUUGUCAGCAGCUUGGAUUUUCCGGCCAUGUCAGGCCAACUCAUAGUGGCUAUUUUGGCGCAGCAAGAAGAAAGUUUUGGAUGGACAAUGUUGAGUGCACGGGCAAAGAGCCGGAACUAAUUGGUUGUCGCUUUGAUGGUUGGGGUCUGAGCGACUGUGAAGAGAACGAAGCUGCCGGGGUCGUAUGCAAAGCACCACCUACACCGUCAACAGCAAAAAAUCUCACACGCACCGUGAGACCGAAGUACCGCAUAAAGACCGGACACAGCCUCCAGAUGAGAUUAGUUGGUGGUCGUUUCCACGGCGAGGGACGCGUAGAGGUGCGACUGGAUGAAGUGGGCCCUUGGGGUGCAAUUUGUGCCGAUGGAUGGUCACUCCUAGAAGCAAAUGUUGUAUGUAGAGCCCUGGGAUUGGGAUAUGCCAGUUCUGCCCUUCAAACGGACUUUUUCACACCCACCAAUACCACCCUCAAAAUUCUUCUGUCUGGCACACAAUGCUAUGGGAAUGAGACUCAUCUUCAGGAUUGCAUUCACCAUGAGAUUCACCUGGCGGACGUUCACUGUUCCACUGCGCAGAAGAAUCACAUUGCAGGAGUAAUAUGUGAGAAAAAGAUGGCAGAUCUUGUCUUGGACACUGUUGAGAUUCAGCAGACAGCUCAUCUCGAGGACCGUCCUCUGUAUUUUCUGCAGUGCGCCAUGGAGGAAAAUUGCCUGGCAUCUGAGGCCUAUGAGAUUCAGAAGACGGAUCCCAAUUGGCAUCUGACUACGAGACGGCUCUUAAAAUUUACAGCAAAAGUUCGCAAUGAUGGAACAGCGGACUUUCGGUCCCAUAUCCCCAAAGAGCAGUGGGAAUGGCACAUGUGUCACAUGCACUACCAUAGCAUGGAAGUCUUUGCCACAUUCGACGUCAUUGAUGGUAAAGGAAACAAAAUCGCCGAGGGCCACAAAGCCUCAUUCUGCUUAGAGGACAAUCAAUGUGACGAAGGAAUUAGAGCCACAUACUUUUGUGCCAAUUAUGGGGAUCAAGGAAUCUCCGUGAAUUGCACCGACAUUUAUAGAUACAAUAUCGAUUGCCAGUGGGUGGACAUUAGUGAAAUUGAUUAUGGCACCUACACGCUCAAGGUAUCUGUUAAUCCUGAGUUCAAAGUGGCUGAAAUGUCUUUCGACAAUAAUGCAGCAACUUGCACUUUUUUCUACGCCGAGAGCUUUGCCCGUGUCUACGAUUGUAAAAUGGGUCGACCAUAGUUUCCGUGAGUGCCUCUUGAAUUAUUUAUAUUGGGAGAAAAAUACCAUU